AUGCACGUAUCCGGAGCGAAUAAUGUCCUUUGCCAUAUUCUCCGAGGUCUUCUUGAGAGGCUGCUUCAGGUUGAGGAAGCAUGCACUCGCCUUGUUGCUCAUCUGUCGACCGAGAAUAACGCGCUGAGCAAUAGUAGUCAAGGAAGCCUUCAAGGCUCGUAUCCCCAAACGCCUCGGCAAACACCUGAAAGACGUUCCGUGGUCUCAUCGGCUGAGUCACAAGGUUUUAUCGACAAUGACGCAGAAGAGACAGAAGUUAGCGAUUUGCCUAGUUGUCCAGCCACGUCCUUGAAUGCCGAAUUAAAAAAUAAACUGCUAAUUAAUAACCUAUAA